AUGCAAUAACAAUAACAAUCGACAUAAUAAUAAUAAAGAUAAGAUACGGUUGUAUUAAAAGAAAGAGAAGAAAGAAGAUUUGAAGAGUUUUUUAAUAAAUUUUCAAGAAAUGGAACAUCAUUAAAUUUUGCUGAUAUUCUUAUGUUUGCUCUUGAUAGAAGUCUUGUUACAAAUGGUAAUAAUUUUAGUAUGUUUCUGACUCAUUUUGAUGAUGCAUUAGGAGAUGUAAAAGGGGAAAGAGCAUUGAAUAAGCCUUAAUUUUAUUUCUUUCUCAAGUAACUGGCAAAGAAAAUAUUUCAUAAUGAUCCUCUUCAUUUAGAAAAGAUGUUAAAUGAAAUAUUAUCUGAAAAAAGUGCAGUUAGAGAUCAUAAUGUAGAGCCUAAUAGAAUAAUUGUGCUUGAUGAAACAAAUAAAAGAUUAUUAGCUGAAUCAUCUAUAUAAGCAAUAUCACUUUAUGAAAGAGAAUUAAAGAAUAUAUUUACAAUAUAUAUGUAAGAAAAUUUGUCAAGAGGAAUAAUAAUGUUAAGAUGGAAGGAAAUUUGGGUUUAGAAUAAAAAAAUGAAUAUGGUAUCAUUAGUAAGAUUUUUAAGAGAUGCAGAAAUUGUACCUCAUAUUUUAUCUAUUGAAUAAUUGGAAGAAAUACUACUCAAGAUUAUUCCACCUAUUAAUAACAAAGAAUAUGACUUUUUUUAAAAAGGUCAUUUUAUUUAAAUUUAUGAAAAAAAUUUAUCAGAUUGUAAUGAAACUGAUCCAUAAAUGUUAAUACAUGAACUUCAAUUACUUUUAGCUAGAAUCUCAUUUGAAUUAGGACUUAAAGAAGAAGGAGGAGGAAAUCAAAAUAAUAGAAAAUUAGAUGUUGAAAAAUAUUUAAGAAAAUUUUUUGGUGAAUUAAUGUUAUUUAGAAAAAAUGAAAAUAUAGAAGGUCCACUUCCAAAUUUAAAUAGAAAACUCAUUAAAAACUUGGAAAAAUUCACUCAAUAACUACUUAAUGAUUUAAGUGAUUUUGAAGAAAAAGAUUCUUCAGAUGAUGAACCAGAUGGAACAGAUGAAUUAUAAAGAAUUGCUGCAUUAUAAGGAUCACUAUUAUUUGAAUAAGGUAUAUAUAUAUAUAAAUAUAAUAAUAAGUGUCUCUCAAUAUUCCUGUUGAUUAGGUAAUCAAAAUGUUAGAUAAGGAAUUACCUCCAAUUCCUCCUUUACCUUAAUAAGAAAAAUAAAUGGCAAAAUGGGAUCCAGAAGCAAGAUUAGUUAUAGGAAAUCCAAAACCAGAGUCUCCUAAAAAUAAAAAUCCUAAGCCUAAACCAGCAAAAAAACAAUAAUAAAGAAGAAAAGCUGGAGAACCAGAACCAAGGAAAAUUAUAUUUGAAUAAAAAACAGAACCGAAAUAAUCAGAAUAUUAUAUUUAGGAAUUAGCUGAUAAAUUGAAAUUCGAAUAAAAACUAAUCUCAGAUGUUGAACGUGGUUCUCUCUCAGAUGUAUAAGUUGCACCUGUACUUAUACCAGAAGUUUUAUAUCCACCUAAUCCUCCAUUGGAUGUAUAAUUUUUAGUUGAAGCAGCAAUAAAUUCUCAUAAUGAAGCUAAUUUUGUAUUUGCUAUAUAGAAUUAUGAUGAUGCAAGAGUAAGAUAUAAAUAGAUAUAAUAGAAAAAAUGGAUUGCUUCAACAGGAAGAGAUUUAACUGAUGGAUUAGAAUUGUAUUUCGAAUUCAGUAAGGCUACUGUGUUUGAAUCUGCUGGAAGAGAUGAUUUAGCAUUAGUAGCUUAUUUGAAUGCAAGACAGUUUUCAACUAAAUUACCAACAAACAAUCCUGAUAAAGCUUUGGCUUAUUGUGGAUUAGGAUCAGUGUUCUAUAAUACAGAGGAAUAUGAUUGGGCACUUAGAUCAUUUUUGAAGGUAUUGGUUUUAUUAGAUAAAUAUCUAUUUAGGCAAGAGAAUAUAGAGAAAAUAGUAUUGGUGUAGAUACAGUUGAUACUGCUACUGUAUAUAAUAAUUUAGGAUGUUGUAUGUAUAUGUUAGAACGUAAUAAGGAGGUAAUAUAUAUAUUUUUUAUAUUUUCAUAGUCAUAUGGAUAUUUUAAAUUGGCACAUGCUAUAUUAGAAUCUUAAUUAGGUUAAUUUCAUCCUAGAACAUUGACAGCUGCUAGAAAUAUAAAUAAAUCUAAAAAUUGUUGGUUUGAAAAUAAACCAGAAUUUCCUAAAUUAUGGGUAGAGUAUGCAUAAGAUCCUUUUGCAGGAGGAAAGAAGAAAAAAAAGAAGAAGGGAAAGAAAUGA